GUAACUUAUUGUGGGGAGUAUUAAAAUGAUGAAAAAAUUCAUAAAUGGAAUAUAUUUUUCAAUUAAAAUGGAGAAAAUGAAUAGAUAUAAAAUUAUUGUUUAUUAAUAAAAAGUGGAGGUGGAUCAUCUAUUGAUAAACAAUGGAGUGAAGGUGUAAUUACUUCUGUAAAAACAGGGAAAUGAGUUGAUUUAUGCGAAGUAUUCAAUUAAUAUUAAUAAGUCACUUAAAAUGGUGAAUAUUAAGAUGGAUAGAGAGUUGGCUAUUGGGAUGUAUUAGAUUUAUAGAUUAACCAAAAAUAUAAAUACAUACAUAAUGGUAAUUUCAACAAAGAGUUAAAGUAUGAGUGAGAG